UUUACAUUUAAUCGUAAUAAUAUUAUUAUAAUCUGAGCAAUAAUUUGUUGACAAUUUACCAAUUAAUUAAGUAAAAAAUGAAUUCUUUGAAUUUCAAUCUUAAUUUCGGUUAUUUGGAAGGAUUGUUGCGAGGUUUCAAAGCAGGAAUCCUCAAGCAGUCUGAUUAUCUCAACUUGAUCCAGUGUGAGACAUUGGAAGAUUUGAAGUUGCAUUUACAAAGCACUGACUAUGGAAACUUCCUGGCAAACGAAGCCAGCCCGAUACAGGUUGGCACCAUUGAUGACAAGUUGAAGGAAAAGCUGGUUGUGGAGUUUCAACACAUAAGAAAUCAUUCUCUCCCCCCACUGUCCAACUUUCUUGACUAUAUAACCUACAGUUACAUGAUUGACAACAUUGUGCUGCUAAUCACUGGCACACUACACCAGAGAUCCAUCUCUGAACUUAUCCCAAAGUGUCAUCCACUUGGAAGUUUUGAACAGAUGGAAGCCAUCCACAUUGCUUCCAAUGCUGCUGAACUCUACAAUGCUGUUCUGGUCGAUACACCUCUUGCUCCAUAUUUUAUUGACUGCAUUUCUGAACAAGAUUUGGAUGAAAUGAACAUAGAGAUAAUAAGAAACACUCUCUACAAGGCUUAUUUGGAAGAUUUCUACAAAUUCUGUCAAACACUUGGUGAUUCAACUGCAGAGAUGAUGUCCACAGCUCUUGAGUUUGAAGCAGACAGGAGAGCCUUCAUAAUCACGAUCAACUCGUUUGGGACUGAACUUUCAAAGGAUGAGAGGGCCAAGUUGUACCCUCGCAUGGGCAAGUUGUACCCUGAUGGGCUGGCCGCCCUGGCACGAGCUGAAGAUUAUGAUCAAGUUAAAUCUGUUGCUGAGUUCUAUGCCGAGUACAAGCAGAUUUUUGACGAAACGCAGGGAGAUAAGACACUGGAGGAUAAGUUCUUUGAGCAUGAGGUUAAGUUGAUGAAAAAUGCUUUCAUGAAUCAGUUUCAUUUUGGCAUCUUCUACGCAUUCGUUAAACUGAAGGAGCAGGAGAACAGGAACAUCGUGUGGAUAGCUGAGUGUGUGUCACAGCGUCACAGGACAAAGAUUGACAGCUACAUUCCGAUAUUCUGAUCACAUCCAACACAGAGAAUGAUUUGUCGAUUUAUAUCAUAAUAGUUUAUUUAAUCAAGGAUUACACCAAUAUAUUGCAUUUUUUGUUUUUAGCAUGGUAACAUUCUAUUGCCGAAUUUUCUUUUAAACUAGCAAAAUACUUUUCAGAUGUUGUACAAUCGUUAUAAUUUUGAACAUAUUUAUUGAUGUCUACUGUACUACAUGUGUUGUGUAAAUACAAUUCCUUCGUCAGUCAGUAAUAGUACUGUUUCUUAAUAUUUAAAAAAUUUUUAACAUUCCUAUUGCGAUACGGCACUAAGUAGCAUGAGUUUUUUGAGUUUUGAAACUUGAAACGUCUGCCUGAUCUAAUUAAUCACUAUGCAGAUAGGGACCUGCCACGUUGGUUGAAAAGUCAGAUUCGAAGAACAUCGCAGUUGUUAGGAACCUGUCAUGAUUUUAUAUCAAUUUGAAUGCUCGCUAGAACAGCUAGAAAAAUCUAGAGCAAUGAAGUUUUAAAGUAGAAUUGUUAUUAUUUGCUCGGUGAUUUUCAAAUUUUUCGUGAUCGACUUUACUUACUAUUAUUAAUACAUAUUCAAAUGCGUUAAUGAAACGUUUGAUAAAAUGGUUGUCAUUAAAAACAACGUUAUUCGU